UUGUUGUUGAGCUGGUUGUUAUGGCUGGACGAGGCCUCGGACUAAACUGAGAGAGGUCCACCCCCCUCCCACACCACCCCGUCUCCGCCACGGGACACCCGUCACCCAUGGAGGGCACGGACAUGGACGUGGACGCGGAGCUCAUGCAGAAGUUCAGCUGCAUGGGCACCACGGACAAGGACGUCCUUAUCUCGGAGUUUCAGAGGCUGCUGGGCUUCCAGCUCAACCCGGCCGGCUGCGCCUUCUUCCUGGACAUGACCAACUGGAACCUGCAGGCUGCUAUUGGUGCAUACUAUGACUUCGAAAGUCCCAACGUCAACACGCCAUCCAUGUCCUUUGUUGAGGAUGUGACAAUUGGUGAAGGAGAGUCUGUUCCUCCAGAUACACCGUUCACAAAGACGUGGAGAAUACAAAACACAGGUGCAGAGUCGUGGCCACCUGGAGUUUGUCUCAAAUAUAUUGGUGGGGAUCAGUUUGGGCAUGUAAACACAGUUAUGGUAAAGUCACUAGACCCCCAAGAAAUUUCAGAUGUGAGUGUGCAGAUGCGAAGUCCCACAACUCCAGGCAUGUACCAGGGCCAGUGGAGGAUGUGUACAGCCACUGGAUUAUUCUACGGAGACGUAAUCUGGGUGAUUCUUAGUGUAGAAGUUGGAGGUCUCCUCGGCGUGACCCAGCAGCUGUCCUCCUUCGAGACAGAAUUCAAUACCCAACCCCAGCGCAACGUGCAGGGAGACUUCAACCCCUUCGCCUCGCCACAAAAGAACAAGCACGACGCCACUGACAACAGCUUCAGAGAUCCUGGCGGGGCGUGGGAACGCACACAGGAGCCAAUCCAGCAAGAUCAAAAUGGACUGUCUCAUAAUGCUGUAAAUAGGGCGUCAAAUGGUCUUCAAACCAACCUUUCUGUGGUGACAUAUGGGCAGGGUAUUCAUGGACCCUAUCCAUUUGGACAGAGCUAGAAUGACAAAGACUCCCCGCCCCACACACCAUGGUGGAUGAUGAGCUUAACAUCCUUGGAGUCCUUAAACGCAGAGGAGUCUAAAGGGGGGGAGGAACAGUUGUUUUAUAUUGACUCGUGACAACCUUCUCCCCGAACCUACGGCCCUUUCCACAGAAACACAAACUACAGUGAGGUGGUGGAUUACAUGCGCUACAGUGAAACAUCCCACCUGACAUCAACACCCGGAUUCGCAUGUGUGAAUGCUUCUUUUAAGAGUGCUAUAAAACCUUAAAAAUAGAAACACACAACUAUUUUUUAUUUCCACUGUAAAACACACCUAAUUAAAGGGAAAAU